AGAAGAUCAUUGGAUGAUGACUUUACUAGUGUUGUAUCCAUCAGUCCACCUCUAUGGUUUUUUGCAAUCUUAUUUCUGCUUCUCAACAGAAGAGGGUGGUUCACAUUUAAUUGGCUCUCCUUCAUUCCAUUGAUUAUUCUUUUGAUAGUGGGAACAAAGCUGCAAGUCAUAAUAACUAGAAUGGCAUUAGAUAUCCAAGAUAGAAAUCCUGCUGUGCAAGGAGCUCUAGUGGUGAAGCCCAAAGAUCAACUAUUUUGGUUUGGUCGACCCAAGUUGAUUCUAUAUCUUAUUCAUUUUACCCUAUUUCAGAGCGCUUUUCAGUUGGCUUUCUUCUUUUGGGCAUUGUAUGAAUAUGGUCUGCAAUCGUGCUUCCAUGAUCGGGCGAGAGAUAUUAUAGUUAGAAUAACCUGUGGGGUUGCAGUUCAAAUACUUUGUAGCUAUGUAACUCUCCCUCUCUACGCUAUUGUGACACAGCUAGGAACAAACAUGAAAACAACCAUAUUUGAUGAAAGAAUAGCUACAACUUUGAAGAAGUGGCACCAGAGAGCAAAGAAGAACAUUAGACAAAAAAGACAUGAUGAUCUGUCAAGUGGACAAACUACUCCAUAUGAAGGAUCUUCUCCAAUUCAUCUUCUUCACAAGUAUCUAAGUUCAGGAGACUUAGAAAGUGCCCAAAAUUUAGGGCAGGUUGAAUAUGAUAUUGAAGCAGAUGCACCCUCCCCUUCUCACCAUUCUCACCACAAUGCUAAUGAGAAUUCAAAGGAACAAAUAGCGGAAGAGAAACAAGAUGUUCAAACACUUGGGUUUGAGUUGAGCUUUGAUCAUUUUCGAAAUGAAAAUUUAAAACACAUUCUCUCUACUUCUCACAGGGAGAAUGAUUCAAGCAAGGAGGACCGUUAG